AUGUCGGUGCGCGUCGGAACGGGCUCUCGCAACGAGAAGGGCGCUCAAGAGAGCCAAAAAUCGUACGUGGCGCUGACGCGCAUUCUCUCCAACCUCGUCGCCGGCGCCCUCGUCUUCCUCUCGGUUGCGACGCUCAUCGUGCUUCUGUCCCAGAACAUGUUUGCCCGCACGAUUGUGUCGGCGAAUGCGCAAACCGAAGGGUUUUUCUGGGCGCCGUACGGCCAAAGCUGCAUGCUCAACGCCAACGGCUUUGUGCCCAACACGUGCUCGGCCGUGGAGGAGAGCGUGAUCGUACCGGCUGCGUGGACGGCCGUCGGCGUCGCCCUCGCGCAGCAGUGGUCGCUCGAGCUCGCAAAAGCAAGCCCGCUGUACAUUACGACGUGCAUCAUUGGGGGUAGCGCAGACGUUGGAUGGGCCAACCUCGAGUUCAUCGCCGGAUACGCUGCCUUCCCCGAGUGCUUGCCGACCAACGGCGCGCAGCCCGUGGCGGGCAUGAUGAUGCUGGAAACGACGAUUCGCGAGAAGUACCCCGAAGGCGUCUACCUCAUGACGCUCUACUCGGACCUGACGCCAGACAUGCAGCUUGUCCAAAACUACGUCAACACGGAUGGAUCUGUGGCGCCCCUCAUUGAGAACGUCAAGCGAACAGUGAUCACGCAAGCAGGUGGCAUUGAAAACGACCUCCUUGGCUCUGACUACAUCAUUACGUCGCGGCCUCUUGGCAACCGGUACUUGGUUACCUCCGCGUGCCACACGGAGAUCGAAGAGCUCUCGGGACAGAUUUCGGCGUUGGGACUCACGGGCUGGAGCCAAGGUGCCCACUCGAAAUUACCCAUCGUGCCGGGCUGGAACUGCGGACACGACGUCGCCAACGCCAAUGAGCUCAUUGCGAUUCAAGUCAUCUUUGCCGUCAUGACCCUCUUGCUGCUCAGCGGCGACCUCCUCACCACCUAUCAAGGCCUCAAGGGUGUGUUGGGCGGGAAACCCGUGCUCACGUAUGCGAUUCUCUCGGGUCUGGAGCGGCGCAAGCUGCUCAUGGUCUGCAUUCUUGUCAACGCGAUGCCAGGCCUUCUCUACAUGGAUGUCUCGCGCAUCUACUUCUUUACAGAAAAUGGCUUCAAGAUCUGGAGUCUCUCUGCGCUCAUGGUGGCGAGUUUCGUUUCCUUUGGGUGGCUUCUCGCAGUGAGCCUUCUGGAUUGGCUGUGCCGACCCCUUCGGUCACUUCUUGGCCAAAAGUGUCUGACGUACUCGGCGCCGCUCUACAUGUACGCGUCGAUUGCCGCUAUAUUUUGGAGCUGCGCGGGCGACCGGGCGGUGUUUCAAACGGUCUACAACGCAUUUUUGCGGCGCCGCCGCCUCUACAUCAACAAUGCGACAUGGCCCAGGGGUGCGUACGUGGCAGAAGGCACGCCCGCCGUGGUGACGUGGCUCGAGUCGCAGAUCCUCGUGCCGCUGAUUGCGUCCUGGGCCGCCUCGCUCGGCUGGCGAACGCUGCACCGCAUCGUCUAUUCCCGCCGCUUUUUUCUGCACACGAGCUGGUGCAGCACCAACUCGUUCCUCUCGCACGUGAUGCCACCAACGUGCUUGACGACGCUGCCACUCGAGCAGUCGAAUGCCAUCAAGAUUGGCAACCGCAUCUUUUGCAAGCCGAGCACCAUGGCCCUCAUGGGCUACGCGUGCGUCGUCGAAUCCAAGUACGUGCUUUCGUUGCAUUGCAUUUCGCUCAUGAGCAUGCCGAGCGACUAUGCGAUCAUUAGCAUCUAUGCGCUGCUGCCGUCGCUGAUUGCACCGGCGUGGCUGCCAUGGCGCACACGCGUUAUCGGCUACAUCUCUAGCAACAUGUUCAAGGUGCAAACCAAAACGACCCUCGACAAGCUCAAGGCGUACAGCUACAGCCGCGGCACUUGUAUUUCUUAA